AUGACAGGGUUAGCUGACCAAAUUGUGUCAGCUGGGAUAAGUGAUUAUUCUAGUUCAACUGGUGAAUGGGGAAUGCAGUCUCAGGUUUUGGUACAGAAGAAAAUGUUGCUUCGAUGGGAACGGAGAAGUGGAGAAACAAUUUUCGACCAACAUAAAUCAAUGGCAUUGAGAAAAGCACAGACCUUUGGUCAUGUGGUGACACAAAACAGAGUGAAUUAUAAUGUUCCUCAGCAGUUUAUGGAGGCUGCUCAACCAUGCUUACUUGAUGAGGCGUUGCCAAUUUCAUUCUGGUCAAAUCCUCUGCAAUUUUACAUGAAUUAA